AUGCAUCUGUAUCUUCGAGAAAGCCCACGGACGAUCUAUCUCGUGACUAGCUCUCAGGAGGAGGCCGCAGGGCGUCCGCCACGGGCACUAGUGGUGCGGACUGCAGAGGACGACGCAUCCCGUGCGGUGGUCGAGCUUCUACAUAAGGACGACAUCGAGCUUUCGGCCGUGGUCCGACUGACAGGCCGUGUCGUGAAGGGAUGCUUGGGCCUCAUCUCGCUCGGCGAACACAUGUUCCUCGCCGUGGUCACUUCGGCCACCGACAUUGGCAAUAUACGUCCCACGGCCAAAAUGCCAGAGAUGGCCGCACGUAUUCACCAAGUUGCCUUCUUUUGCCUGACUUCUUCCGCCUGGGACACGCUCGCCAAUGAAACGGAUUUACUUUCGCGCGACAUCGCCGAUCCACUUGGUGCUGCUAGUUCAACAUCUGGUGGUGUCACAGCCAAUCAAGCGCCAGUGCUAGAGCAUCCAUGCGUACCACUGAGUAAGAUGCUGUCUUCGGGCACGUUUUACUACGCCGUGGCAUCAACUCGCCAUUCAUCCUCGGCGUGGGACAUCUCUACGCGCAUGGCCGUGCGCCAGAUGCGCGACCGGAUGGGUCACGAUGCUAUGCAGUUUGACGACCGUUUUGUCUGGAACAAUUUCAUCGCGCGCGGUUUGCUUGACUUCCGCGAGCGGUUGGACCCGCGCGAACGCGUCGACUUUGAUCUUUGUCAAUUCCUAGUGCUCGUCAUACAAGGCUUCGUUGGGACCUUCGAUCUUCCACUACCUGCACCGCCGACACACGGGAAACCUGUUGUCGCAACACUUUCCAUCGUGUCCCGCUUGGGGUAUAAGCGCGCAGGCACGCGUUUCAACACCCGCGGCGUUGAUGACGACGGAAAUACAGCCAACUUCGUCGAGACGGAGGUUCUCUUCUGCACGGAGCAAAAUACGUUCAGUUAUGUACAAGUUCGCGGUAGUGUGCCUUUGUUCUGGGAGCAGCAGGGCCUGCAAACAUUUGGUCAAAAGAUACAACUCACCCGCCCCCAGGCAUCACAACCAGCAUUCGAGCGCCAUCUCGCACAGUUGACGGACGAAUACUCACGCUUGCAAGCCGUGAAUCUUCUCGGUACCAAGGAUCAUGAGGCGGCGUUGACCUCCGCAUAUUCACAAGCGCUCAGACAGGCUCAGAGUAUUUGGGGCAACGACAUUGGCAUUACGCACUUCGACUUUCAUUCUAUCGCACGCGUGCAAGGACACGAGGGUCUGGGCUCUGCACUUCGUCGUGUGGAGGGCAUUUCAGAUCACGUCGACGCAUUCGGUUUUACAAUGUGUGAUGUCCAGACAGACGAGAUUAUUACAGAGCAAAAGGGCGUAUUCCGCACGAACUGCCUUGAUUGUCUUGAUCGCACCAAUUUUGUGCAGGAUGUUCUAUCGCGAACAACGCUCGAACAGUAUCUCCUCCUUGUGCGCCCGGAGUGGACGGGCGCACAGGCACUGUGGGGAUACCAUCGCGAGCUCUGGGCAGAGAACGGAGACGCGCUUAGUCGCAUUUACGCCGGCACAGGAGCCCUGAAUACGUCAUUCACACGUAGCGGAAAGCGCACACUGGGCGGUCUACUCAGCGAUGCGACGAAGAGUGUCAGUCGCGCAUACAUCAACAACUUCACGGACAAAAGCAAACAGGCCGCCAUCGACCUAUUCCUUGGCAACCUGGGCGGCCAACGACAGGUUUCAAUCUUUGAUCCUGUCCAUGAUACUGUCAACGCAGCACUUGCGAAGAGGGUCGGGGAGUAUUCGUCGACUCGCACGUGCACCGUGCUCGCCGGGACUUGGAAUCUAAAUGGAAGGGCCCCGAGUCUCGAGUCGUUGUUGCCAUGGAUCCAGCCAAACGAUAGCAUAUCAGAACCGGACAUCAUCGUCAUCGGAUUUCAAGAAAUCGUACCACUGACUGCACAGCAGAUCGUACAAACUGAUCCGGAGAAAAAACGUCUCUGGGAGAAUAAACUCAUGGACGCCCUGGCGCGCCGACCCAAAAAGACGACUGAUUAUAUCCUUUUGCGAAGCCAGCAGCUGGUGGGAACCGCAUUAAUCGUGCUAGUGCGCGCGGAGCAUCUGGGUACGAUACGUGCGGUAGAGGCUGCGACGCGUAAAACCGGAUUGCGCGGGAUGAGCGGCAAUAAGGGCGCGGUUGGCGUACGCUUGGAACUAUUCGACACCAGCUUCUGCUUCAUUACGGCACACCUCGCCGCUGGACACUCUAAUGUCGAAGAGCGUAAUGCAGAUUAUUGGACCAUUGCCCAAGGUCUUCACUUCCAACGUGGGAAAGCAAUUGACGAUCACGAUGUUGUGGUGUGGCUAGCCGACACGAACUACAGGAUUGACGGCGAUAAUGACUUCGUACGAGCGCAUGUGCAUGCGAACGAUCUUGAUCCAUUACUCGCAGCCGAUCAGUUAGGCGCUGAAAGGGCCGCGGGAACAGCGUUCCCCGGCUACAUUGAGGGCCCGCUUCGCUUCAGGCCCACAUACAAGUACGACGCUGGUACCGAUACGUAUGACACGAGCGAGAAGGCACGCAUUCCUGCAUGGACGGAUCGCAUCGUGUACAAGGCCCCAGGAGCACCACUCGAACUCGUGUCUUACAAUCGCGCCGAGCUUCGGACAAGUGAUCAUAAGCCUGUGUAUGCGCUCUUCCGAGCCACUGUGCGCGUCGUAGACCAUGCGAAGAAGGCAACUCUGGCGCGCGCGCUUACCCAAGGUGUGACAUCGACUGCACCGGGAGAAACCCUCGACGAGAAGCUUGCUACGCUGAGAGUGGACACAACUGAUCACCCUGAAUCGAUGCUACUACCUCCACCCAGCUCGGAAACGGAGGCAUGGUGGGAGAGCUCCGCACAUCCUGGUGGUGUUGUACCAAUGGACGAGUCGGACAGUGAUGAAGACGAAGAUGGCAGAAAUCCAUGGGACUCUGACGGGACGGGUAUGUUGUCCGCAAGUCCGUCAAGCUCGGACGAGGCGCUCUUCAAUAGCGCUCUCAAGAUUCAUGCUCCACUCGUGCCCACUAAAAAAGCGCCACCACCGCCACCACCUUCGCGCAAGCCUCACGUUAACUGA